AUGACGCCUCUAACAGCAAAAGCGUUAUCUGACCAAGAAGAGUUCUAUUCUCGAAAACGGGUGGAAAUCGUACAGUCGCACGCCGUCAAUGUCAUACACGAGGAACAAGUCCAAAAGUACUUUUCGCAACGCGGGAUGGAAGAGGGACAUGAUAUUAUGAAUGGACAGGGGGCAAGGGUUCUCGGACAAGGUGUAAAUACUGGUACUACCAGUGGAAGCGGUGGUGGUGGUGGUAUGAGCAGGGAUACUACGAUCCGACGAGAGGCUAGUCCGCGUGACAACAACGAAGAUCUACAGAAUUCACUCAAAAUGUUCGCGCCGCGACAGCCGCCACCACGGGGACAUGAACAACCCUACGAAGCGACCGGAGCAACGCCAUUGGAACGGUACCUGACGCCGGGAGACUUGAACGAAGUAUCCUACAUGCGGAAACCUGUUAUGAUGCAGGCACGGUGCUACGGCGAUAUGGGUAGUGUCGAGAUUCGAGCACAUCAAGCGCAGGUGUUGGUGGACAAGACGACCAGAGAGGGACAGACUGCAAAGGGGAGUACGCGUGAUGGAUUUGUCUACAAGUGA